AUGUCAAUCACUUUAAUUAUUGGUGCUAAGGCUCCUUCUAUUGCCUACGCUGAGCUAAUUGCCGCUAGCAUUGUUAAUGGAAAACAUCCUGAUUCAAUUAAGAUUGAGUUUGUCGAAGACAAGAAGGCUGCUGCCGCUUCUUUGGAUGGAAAUACCGAAAAUGUGCUAGAGAAUUUGGUAGAAAAGUUCCCUGCUGUAUUAGGAUCUAUUUCAGAAAAUGACAAAACUUGGAUUGAAACUGCUAGAUCAGAAUUGGUAGUUAAGGAUUUCAAGAAAUUGAGCUCUUCUUUGGAAAAACUAGAAUCUAUAUUGAACUUUAGAACUUUCUUAUCAGGUGAUGUAAAGCUUUCCGCGGCUGAUAUUGCUGCAUGGGGUGCUUUGAGAUCCAAUGGUGUUGUUGGUUCUAUUAUUAGGAAUAAAGUUUACAUUAAUGUUUCUCGUUGGUACACUUCAUUGGAAUUGAGACCAGAGUUUGGUGGAGCCCAUGAAUUCUUGAAUAAGUCAUUGAAGAAUCUAAAGACUGCUUCUAACAGCAACAAAAAGAAAGAAACACACAAGGCGAACUUUGAAAUUGAUCUACCUGAUGCCAAGAUGGGCGAAGUCGUUACUCGUUUCCCACCUGAACCUUCUGGAUACUUGCACAUUGGACACGCCAAAGCUGCUAUCCUAAACCAAUACUUUGCUCAAGCCUACAAAGGUAAGUUGAUCAUCAGAUUUGAUGACACUAACCCAUCCAGGGAAAAAACAGAGUUCCAAGACUCUAUAUUGGAAGAUUUAACCUUGCUUGGUAUCAAAGGUGAUAGAGUUACUUACUCUUCCGACUACUUCCAACAAAUGUACGACUACUGUGUUCAGAUGAUUAAAGAUGGUCUAGCUUACUGUGAUGACACACCAACUGAAAGAAUGAGAGAAGAACGUAUGGAAGGUAUUGCUUCUGCUAGAAGAGAGCGUUCUAUCGAAGAAAAUUUGAGAAUCUUUACCCAGGAAAUGAAGAACGGUACUGAAGAGGGUCUAACUAACUGUGUUCGUGCAAAGAUUGAUUACACUGCUUUGAAUAAAACUUUGAGAGAUCCAGUUAUCUACAGAUGUAACCUGAUUCCACACCACCGUACUGGUACCACAUGGAAGUUGUACCCAACUUACGACUUCUGUGUGCCAAUUGUGGAUUCUUUGGAAGGUGUUACCCACGCUUUACGUACAAUUGAGUACCGUGACCGUAAUGCGCAAUACGAAUGGAUGUUGAAUGCUAUGAAUUUGAGAAAAGUCCAUAUUUGGGACUUUGCCCGUGUCAACUUCGUCCGGACUUUGCUAUCAAAGAGAAAGCUACAAUGGUUAGUUGACGAAAAUGUAGUAUCUAGCUGGGAUGAUCCAAGAUUCCCCACUGUUAGAGGUGUUCGUAGAAGAGGUUUAACCAUUGAAGGUCUAAGAAACUUUGUUUUGUCUCAAGGACCAUCUAGAAACGUUAUUAACUUGGAGUGGAAUCUAAUUUGGGCGUUCAACAAAAAGGUUAUUGAUCCAAUUGCUCCUAGACAUACCGCCAUCGUCAACCCAGUUAAGCUAUCAUUGGAGGGAGAAGGUGCUCCUGAGACCCCAAGGGUAGAAAUGAAGCCAAAACACAAGAAGAACCCAGAAGUCGGCGAAAAGAAGGUCAUAUACUACAAGAACGUUGUAAUUGACGCCGAAGAUGCUGAAAUGAUUGAAGAGGGCGAAGAAGUUACCUUGAUGGACUGGGGUAAUGUUAUUAUUGCCAAGAAAAACCCAGAUGGUUCUUUGAUCGGUAAGAUGCACUUGGAAGGUGACUUUAAGAAGACUAAAUUGAAGUUAACUUGGUUGGCAGACACUGAAGAUGCUGUUAAAGUUGAACUUGUUGACUUUGACCACUUGAUCAGCAAGGAUAGGUUGGAAGAAGAAGACAACUUCGUAGAUUUCUUGACACCUGAAACUGAAUUCCAUACUUCAGCCAUUGCUGACUUGAAUGUCGCUUCAAUGAAGGUCGGUGAUACUAUUCAAUUUGAGAGAAAGGGAUACUACAGAUUAGACUCUUUGGCCGCAGAUGGUAAGCCAUACGUCUUUUUCACCAUCCCAGACGGAAAAGCUGUUAACAAGUACGGUGCUAAGAAAUAA